CUGCUGGUUGCCACGGGAUACAGGAUUUAUCUUGAUCACGUGAUCUGACUCCCACCAGUUCCCUGCCAUCUAUCAUAGGGGUAUCAUGACCCGCCGGCUGAGCAGCUCCACCCGUUCCCACACUGAGGACUCCAUCUUCCUGAAGCCUGAGGAGGACCCCGUCUGGCUCGAUGAGCCCACAAAGACUGAUCAGAUAGGCAACGCAGCCUCUAAAAGAGACAGGCUCCCAAAGUUCAAAGAUGAACCAGCAGGGGGCCCAAGUCCUCAGGCAGAGGAGGUGUUCAUGCACAAGGUGUACGCGCUGGUGAUUGAGAUCCACUGCUGGGCUGCACUGUUUGCCGUCUCCCAAGUCACGGGGUACUGGGUGUUUUUUGUGUUGGAAGGAAAUGGACCUCUCUCUUCCAUCUACAAAGCCCUGCAGGUCAUUGACUUCUACCUUGGCUUCAUCUUGCCCUGCCACCCGAUAUUUGGAAUGGACUCCAUGGUGUUGAUGAGGGAAGUCGUGAACACCAAACAGCACAACUGGAUUGUCCAUGGAACUGCAGGCAUUGGUGUGGCCAUCGGUGUCAUCAUGGUUGUCCACAUGGCGUGUAAGUGGCGUUACGGCACCGGCUCGUGGUCGUCAGGAACUGCGUCGCGGGACAUUGGCGAUCGCCGCCAGUCGGUGAGCCGCCAGCCCUCCUUCACCCUGUCAGAGUGGACAGACGCUCAGGAGGACCUGCUGGACAUGGACCCUGGGCCCCAGACGCCGGUCUUUGAGAUCGGCACCGACAUCAGGGCGGAGGGAGACGCCGCCACCCUCUCCGUCACAUCAGUGGGGCUUCAGGAGAGGAGGGGCUCCAACGUUUCCCUGACCUUGGACAUGUGUACACCGGGCUGCACCGAGCCCUAUGGCUACGGAGGCCAGCUCUCCCCCAGAGACCAGACGGCCAAGGAGUACCUCCGACAGGGGGCCAACAGCCUGACCCCUGACAUGCUACACACUCGGGCCGUCGAUGACGAAAGCCUGCAGGCUGAGUUUUAUGAAACUCCCAUGAACUUUGUGGACCCUAAGGAGUACAACUACCCGGGGCUGGUGAGAAAGAACCGCUACAAAACCAUCUUACCCAACACACACAGCAGAGUGAUCCUGAAGUCACAGGACGAAGACGAUUUUCUCGCUACUUACAUCAAUGCUAAUUAUCUCAAAGGUUAUGGGGAUGAGCAGUGUGCCUACAUUGCCACCCAGGGUCCCACCGUGAACACAGUGGGGGACUUCUGGAGGAUGGUGUGGCAGGAGAGAUGCCCAAUCAUAGUGAUGAUCACCAACCUGGAGGAGAAAAACGAGAAAUGUGCAGAGUACUGGCCUGAGGACACUGUGACCCACGAGGGCAUCGAGAUCACUGUGGUCACAGUAACACAGGAAGACGACUACAGUCUGAGGGUGUUUACUUUAAAGUGUGGGGAAGAGGAGCGCAGUCUGCAGCAGUACUGGUACACCUCGUGGCCUGAUCAGAAGACUCCAGACAAGGCUCCGCCUCUUCUGGAACUGGUGCAGGAAGUGGAAAGAGCCCGAGAGGAAGCCCCGCCUUCCAGUGGCCCUAUGAUUGUCCACUGCAGUGCUGGGAUUGGUCGAACUGGCUGCUUCAUAGCCACCUCCAUCCUGUGCAAGCAGCUGAGGACCGAGGGUGUGGUUGACAUCCUGAGGACCACCUGCCAGCUCCGUCUGGACAGGGGCGGGAUGAUCCAGACCAGCGAGCAGUACCAGUUUGUGCAUCACGUCCUCAGCCUGUAUGAGAAACAGCUGCCCCACGCUGCUGAGGAGUAGAGUGAGCGCCACAGCCAGACCGAGACACACCACUGUACACUGUACCGCCUCCGGUGGUAUGCACCACUGUACCUAGCAUCAUCUCAAUCUCACCCUUUAACAACUUCAAACCAUGUAGAUCUCUUCACCCGAGACAGGCUCAAUCAGACAGGCAUGGUUGACACAAAAUGUGUGUAUACUGUGUGUCCACGAGCAGAGAAAACACCGGGAGCUGGGAUUGUAUACAGACCCCUUAAUCAGACACGUAAGUGAUCCACACAGUCCUGAAAAGUCAUAACAGCUAGGCCCCAAAAUAAUCCAAGAACACACUCCUGACGUCAUUUUAUUGGCACUUUUUUAAAAAAGUGUCACUGAUAAGGGCCCAUGCAGUAUAAGUGCCAGCAUAACUCAAAUCAUCAAAUGCCAGCCUAUUAUUAAAGACCAUAUAGACGUAAAAGUUCACAUGAUAUUUAAGUUUACUUUAAUUUUUCUCAUUCACUCUCAUUGACUCUCACUUUUACUGUAAACAACAACAAAAAGACAAUAGAAGGCCCAUUUCAACUUUUGAUGCAUUCAGGAGCCCCCUCAUCUUCAGGUUGCAUGGUGCUAAGUGUUCAUUAAAGGCAUGUGCAAUGUUAUGGAACAUAGGAAUGUAUAACAGUUAGGUUAUUAAUUAAGUAAUUAAGAUUUCUGUGCAAUCUACAGUAUUACAGUUGUACCAUGCUGCCUGUGCAGUCCUAGGGCCCAUGAUGUUUACAGUCAACAACUCCUGCAUCAAGGCGACAUAGACGUAAAGUCAGAGGCGUCCCAGAGCCGGAGACACUGAGGGGACAGGGGACAGAAAUAGAAUCAGAACGUCAUAAAAAUCAAUGAAAAGCCCAGAAAAGGCUCUGGAGAAUCCGGUGUGUACACACAGGGAGGUGUAAUGCACAGGAAAGCAAAACAUGUCAUGAAGAAAAUGCACCUACAUGUCGAUAUUGUCAUCUUACAGCUAAUCUUCUGGUAAAUGUUCCGCUGCCCUCAGAGUCACGUGCUCUGAUGCCUCUGCUGCCAACAGUAGCGUGAACACAUCUGUGAAGUAAGAAGCCCAUGAUCGUUGUAUAGACAGGCCAGACCUAAUCUGUAUGAAGCACAAUAGACCAACUAAGGUUGUCUCUGAUGUUCAGCUGUAAAAGUUAUUUUUUUCCGUAUUGUGUUUUGAUUGUGUUGAGUUUAAUGGACUGCAUGUGCCGUAUGGGACUCCAUAGGUCCACAAUCAAAGCGACGUGAUUGGUUGUCCUGCUUCUUGUUGUGUAAAAGGGUUUAAGCCUAUUAUAUUGCUUGCUCUCGGCCAAUGCUUUUGAUACAGUUUGCUUUUGUGACACCAACCAGAGAUAUUUUUAGAACAUUUUGAUACAAUCCUUUCGAGUAGAUGCCUUGUGUAUAUUUCCGUUUACACCAUGAUGGAAUGUAGCUCAUACUGUGGAUCAAACCAUCGGUUUAUAUUGCAAGAUUUGACAGAAUAAAAUGUGACAACUACCUAAGUUACCUUAUGGUAAAGAAAAUAAAGAGAUGAUGUUCA